AUGCAAUGAAGAACCAUUGAUUUCUCUCUCUUCUUUGGCCUCUCUCACUCUUCCAAAGCAUUUCCAAUCCCACUCUCAUUGUUUUCAAUGGCUCAAUACACAAUUUUUUAUCUAUUCAUUUGUUGGGGUUUGGCUGGUCUAUGUGGGGCUAGCAUUCUUCCCUUAUCGGACUCAAAUUCUACUUCCCAGAGCUUUGAUGUCAUGGAUUAUGGAGCCAAGGGUGAUGGCAUGGAAGAUGACACUGCUGCAUUUGCCAAGGCAUGGGGUGCCACUUGCCAUACAAAAGGCUCACCGGAGAUGAUAAUUCCAUCAGGAAACUUGUUCAGGGUUGGACCAAUUGAGUUUUUAGGACCAUGUCAAUCCAAUGAUGUUCAUGUUAUUGUGGAAGGAGAUAUUGUGGCGCCACCUCCUUCUUUAUGGAAAGAUGCCAAUUUAAGAACAUGGCUUGUAUUCUCCCAUGUUAAUGGGCUCACAGUUGAUGGGUCUGGAAAAAUAGAUGGCCAUGGCGCUGCUUGGUGGGCUCAGCCUUGGAGGCAAAAGAAGGGACGUAUAUGUACAAAUCCAACGGCAUUUACAUUAGAGCAUUCAAGUGAUGUGAGGGUGAAUGGGCUCAAUAUUGUGAACGGCCAACAAAAGCAUGUAGGCAUAAAGCAAUCCACAUGUGUUACUAUCUCUAAUCUCACCAUAGAGGCACCAGGAGAUAGCCCUAACACGGAUGGGAUUUACAUACGAGGCUGUAGAUCCGUGACCAUAGAGAAUUGUAGCAUAGGAACAGGAGAUGAUUGCAUCACUGUUGGAUCUGGAACCUUUGAUCUCAAUAUCUCUCAUAUAGUUUGUGGCCCUGGUCAUGGCAUAAGUAUCGGAAGUUUGGGAAAGGGAGGAGAAAAAGGAAAUGUUCAAGGUGUGCACGUGAAAGACAUUAACAUGACAGGAACAAGAAAUGGAGCCCGGAUUAAGACCUGGCAGGGAGGGGCUGGGACCGUAAGUAACAUUACCUUUGAAAGAAUAACCAUGGACAAUGUGGACCAUCCGAUUAUCAUCGACCAAUACUAUUGUGAUUCUGACAAUCGUUGUCAAAAUGCAACAUCAGCUGUUCAAGUGAAUGGGGUGAAAUUUAUUGGAGUAAGGGGAACUUCAGUCAGACCAGUGGCAGUCACAUUGGCUUGCUCUACGAGUGUGGCCUGCACUAAUAUCUUUCUUGAUGGCAUAGACCUAAAAACAGUUGAUGGGAAUGACACUAUGUCUUAUUGCCUCAACGCCUUUGGCUCAGCCAAUGGCCAAAUCAAUCCCGAGCCAUGUUUCGGAUGAUCCAUUACUUCUUUCUCUCAUCUUCUAGGGAUUUGAUAGGAGGCUUUGGAUCUCAAUCUUCUUAGGGUUUUAGCAUGGUCACUCUAGAACUUAGUCUUGAACUAACUGGUUCAAGCUUUUAACCCCCUAGGUCAAAGAAUUUGCAUACGACAAAUGUGACUCUUUCCUCAGAGUUUCAUCUGGUCAUUGAGGAAAGGGAAUCGGCAGACACACUACUCUUUUGUAUGAAAAAUUACAUAGAAACAAUACUAAAAGGAUUAAUAUACAAACCAUUGUAGCCCAAUUUAUAAUAAUAAUGACUAGUUCUCAUUUCUUUUUUUCA